CUUAUUUAUUGAAGGGUUUCUCGUUGUUUCCUUUUCCCGUCCAUCUUAGAUUCAUUUUCCCUCAUUUAUUUUUCUCUGCGGAUAUGAAAAAUUCGUAAACCGCAGAACCUCCCGGAUCACGCCAUCGUGUUUUCAUUAGAUUGUUCUGCGAUUUCGACGUUGCUUGCCUUUUCUUGGAUUUAUGGAGAUUACUCGUCCAUUUUUUCCCGGCAAAUUCUCAAGACUAUCUGUUGGAAUUACAGGAGGUUUAGAUAUUGGUGACAUUGCGUAGUUUUUAAAAUUGAUAAUUCGGCGCCCGUGUUGAGAUUGGGGAGAUUCCUCCGGUAGCAAUUCUUGUUGGAAAUUGGAUUCUGUGGAUUCAGUUGUCUUUCGCAUUAAAGAAACCUGUAAGAAGCGUAACUAUGUUCUGAAUUCUCCGUUCUGGUGCAAAAUGCUCCUCAUCGUCGGGCGAUCUCAUAUCGAGUGAAGCCGGAGAACUGUUUUAUGAUUGAAGUUUCCGUAACAAAACCAUGAGCCGUCGAAAGGCCUCUCCAGAAAAUUUGAGGAGAUUAAAAGAUUUUUUACUUAAAAAAGAUAAUCAACUUUGUGCAGACUGUGGUGCACCAGAGCCAAAAUGGGCUUCUGCCAACAUUGGAGUCUUUUUAUGCUUGAAAUGCUGUGGUGUUCACAGAAAUCUUGGUACACAUAUCUCCAAGGUACUGUCUGUUACCUUAGAUGAUUGGACAGAUGAAGAGAUUGAGUCUAUGAUUGAAGUUGGUGGCAACAUCUCUGCGAAUGCUAUUUAUGAAGCUUUUAUACCUGAAGGUUCUUCAAAACCUAUUCCUGAUUCAACUUAUGAAGAAAGGCUAAAAUUCAUUAGAUCUAAAUAUGUCCUGCAAGAAUUUUUGAAACCCAGCUUGCGGAUUGUUUCAUUUUCCAAAGGAAGAAGUUCGUCUACACAGUAUAGUGAUUCAAGAAGGAAUAGGGAUCCACUUUUAGAAGCAAGUGCAUCAAUGGAGAUGGUUGGCAUGGUCGAAUUCAUUGGAUUACUUAAGGUCAAGGUAAUCAGGGGCAUACAUCUGGCUGUUAGAGAUAUGCUGAGCAGUGAUCCUUAUGUGGUUUUGUCCAUUGGCCAGCAGAAGGUCCAGACAAGAGUAAUACCAAGUAAUUUAAAUCCUGUGUGGAAUGAAGAGCUUAUGUUGUCCGUUCCAGAGAAGUACGGACCCUUGAAACUGAAAGUAUUCGAUCAUGACACGUUCUCUGCUGAUGACAUCAUGGGAGAGGCCGAGAUUGACGUGCAGCCACUUAUAACUGCUGCCACAGCUUUUGAUGACCCGAGUUCUCUUGGCAACAUGCAGAUUGGGAAAUGGUUGGCUUCAAGGGACAAUGCCCUUCUGGAUGACAGUAUCAUAAGCAUUGUAGAUGGGAGGGUAAAGCAAGAUGUCCAUCUGAAGCUUCAAAAUGUGGAGACUGGAGAGGUAGAAUUAGAUCUGGAAUGGAUUCCGCUGGAUCAAUAGCAUCAGGGGGUCAUUCUUGGCUGGCUUCAUCAUUAUUCCAGUUAGAUAUAUCCUGUAAAUAUGUCACCCUCGGUAAUUCUUAUAUUAAAUGAUCAAUAUUCCUUUAAGUUCACUUUGUUUCGUCAGCUGUUGUGGGUUUUGUUUGGUAAAAGUUCCAUGUUCUUUGCUUUAAUUAUUUUGGUUAAUUCUUUAUGAUGUAGUAGAACCAUGAAUUGGUACUCUGCAAAAAUAUAAAGUUUCGAUGA